UCAGGCCUCAAUACCCGCUCGCCACUUUAUCCCAUCCACAGACACUCACACUCCCGCUCCCCGCUCAUCAAUCACCCAUUCUUCACAUUCUCAUACUCGUUCGAGUCGCUUCAACAGCCGCGGCGAACCCCUUUCCGUGCGGCUCCGGGACAUUCAUCAUAUAGACGGGAAUUACCACGGCAUCGGCGGAAAGAAGUGAAGGAAGGAGCAAGAACAAGCUUUUUUGGCAAGUUAUAUCAGUGUCGAUGUCAGCGGUGCGCCCGCCUGUUAGUCGGUCAUAGUCCUCGGGUCUCUUAUAUCCCUCGCCCACCAACACCGCACACAAUCAACCGCCGCAUAUCACAUCUCCGCAAAGGCACAGCAAUGGACGACACCUCCCCGCCAUCCGCACCCACCCCGCACCACCGGGGCACCCACUCCUCGCACACCGCCUCCCUCGCCAAACUCGCCGUCCACGUCCUCAUCCACCUCUUCCCCGCAACCGCCAAAACCACCAACCUCCCCCGCCUCACCCACUCCCUGCACACCAUCCUCUCCCGCACCCUCAUCAAACCCACCACCGUCUUCCUCGCCCUCCAAUACCUCGCCGGCCUCGCGCACGCAAACCCACGACACACGCACGCCGUCACCCACGUCAUGGCCUCCACCCCGCUGGCGCCGCUGGUGCUCCUCACGGCCGCGAUCUCCACCGCCGACUCGUUCCUGAACGAUAUCCCGCACUCCAUCUCGCACUACUCCUACGUCAGCGGGCUGUCGACCGCGCUGCUGGUCGCGAUGAAAAAGGCCAUCUGUGAGGGUUUACAGUGGCAGCUGGUCGUCCCGAGCGAGGUGUUUGGGAGGUGGGUGGCGUGGCUGAGGGACUUUGCCGGGUUCCAGAUUCGGAGGGUGGAGAGCGGGCAGAGGAUGCUGCGGCAAACGCGGCUGGGGAAGUGGGGGAUGGGCCAGCGGGGACGGGUCGAGGCGAGGAUUAGACAGACGUUGAGGGCGAGGUUGGUCGCGAACGGCGUGGUUGCUUGUGCGGUGUAGGCGUAGAGAUACUUAGAGGAUUAGGUUAGAUCCUAUUACGGACGCUUGGAUUGAGGGACACUCUUGACUUUUGUAAAUAGCAUGUAGCAUACACACCCCCGCAACCUCAUUGUAGAUAUGUACAUUUCGAUCAAAUACCACCACCACACGUUUCUUGGC